AGUAAAUGCUGAGGGGUCGCCAUGUCUAAAGAAGAGAAAAAGAUAGAGGUAAUCACUGCAAUUUACAAAGUUCGUCUCCACUGCCCAAAAUGUGCACAUGAUAUUAGAAGACCUCUAAUGAGGACCCAAGGAGUUCAUACUGUGGAUGUGAAACUUGAGAAAGAUGAAGUUGCAGUAAAAGGAGCUAUCGACGCAAAGAAAAUUCAUCAACGCUUAGAGAAAUGGAGUAAAAAGAAAGUCGAAAUUGUAUCCCAGACGAAGGUUAAAGACGUUGAAAAGACGAAGGAAGUGAAAAAGGAAAGUAUUAAGACAACAACAUUGAAAGUUUACAUGCAUUGCAACAAGUGUGAACUUGACCUAAAGAAGAGGCUACUCAAACACAAAGGUAUUCAUAACGUGAAAACAGACUUCAAAGCUCAAACUAUAACAGUUGAGACAGUUCUUGAGUCAGAAAAAGUUGUGACAUAUGUGCAAAAAACUUUCCGCAAACACGCAGAAAUUAUAAAGAAGAAAGAGGAGGAAAAGAAGGAAAAAGUGACAGUUGAAGUGAAAACGACGACAGAAAAGAUUGUUGAAUUUAACGAAGUGAAGAAAGUAGAAGCAAAAAACAAAGAGGGUGUAGCUCCAUAUUUUGUUCACUAUGUAUAUGCCCCUCAGUGGUUCAGUGAUGAAAAUCCUAAUGCUUGUUCCGUCAUGUAGAUGCAUAUGUCAUGCAGGGACGGAUGUAGAACACAUAUUUCUAGUGUAUGUUGUGGUAAACCAAUUUAACUAUAGUAUAGCUUCGAACUCAUACUUUUUAACUU